UCAUCCAAGAUUUUCUGUUUAAUUUCAACGAGUUCUUGGUCUGUUGAAAAGAAAAGACAAGAAAAGAAUAUUCAUAAUCAUUUGAUUUGAUUGAGCAAUUCUUGUUCUCUUUUCUUGUCAACUUUCAUGUGAUCACCUCAUCAUAUUCAACAGACCGUCCAACCAAGUUUUAAACUUUGGUGGAAGAAAGGUUGUAUUUUGUAAUUGGGUGUCCAUGAAAAUUGUCUAAAUUUGAAGAUUUUGUGUUUUGUUACAACAAUUGCAUGAUUCAAGUGUUUGUUAGAAAAGAAAAAAUGGGUCUGGAUUACUACAAUGUGUUGAAGGUUAACAGAAAUGCUACGGAAGAUGAUCUGAAGAAAGCAUAUAGAAAAUUAGCCAUGAAAUGGCACCCUGACAAGAACCGCGAGAACAGCAAUGAAGCUGAAGCCAGAUUCAAACAGAUCUCUGAGGCUUACGAGGUACUGAGUGAUCCCCAUAGAAGGGCGUUUUAUGAUCAGCAUGGAGAGGAAGGGCUGAAAAAUAAGCCACCAGCAGGUAAUGGAACAUCACCAAGUGGGUUCAAUCCCAGAAAUGCAGAGGAUAUUUUUGCAGAAUUCUUUGGAAGUAGCCCUUUUGGAUUUGGAUCAUCUGGGCCUGGGAGGUCCAGUAGAUUCCCUUCAGAUACAACAUUUGGUGGAUUUGACAAUAAUUUUCGAUCAUAUAGUACAGGAAGGACUCAUAUGCCAAAGGCACCAUCUGUGGAGACCAAACUCUCUUGCACUUUGGAGGAGCUAUACUCUGGAUCCACAAGGAAAAUGAAGAUCUCAAGGAUUGUCAUGGAUGCUCAUGGACGGCCAAUUCAGGAAUCAGAGAUAUUAAGCAUUGAUGUGAAGCCGGGUUGGAAGAAAGGGACAAAGAUAACAUUCCCAGAGAAAGGGAAUCAGAAACCGAAUGAAGUGGCAGCAGACCUGAUAUUUGUGAUUGAUGAAAAGCCUCAUGAUUUGUUCAAGAGAGAUGGGAAUGACCUGAUUGUGAGCAAAAGGGUAUCUCUGGCAGAGGCCAUUGGAGGGACCACAGUAGAUAUCACUGCGCUUGAUGGACGUAGUUUGAAUAUUCAAGUCACUAAAAUUGUGAGCCCUGGCUAUGAGAUGACUGUUGAAAAUGAAGGGAUGCCAAUAACAAAGGAGCCAGGUCAGAGGGGUGAUUUGAGGAUCAAGUUUGAUGUAAAGUUCCCUACAAUGUUGACCCCAGAGCAACGAGCAGAACUCAAGCGAGUACUGCCACCUUGACACUCUUUUCAAUGUCUCGUGUGUUUUUCAGAAGCCAUUUGUACUAAUUCUUCACUGCUUUUUAUAUGGGUCCUCCUUUGCAUUCUUUGCUAUAGACGUAAAUACAAUAGGUCCUAAACUGCACAUAACAAUCGAAAGGAAAUGUGUUCAUACAUGUUGUACCAAAGCUUUUUGGGUUGUAAAAAUACAAUGUUGUAGUUUCCUUUGUC